AUGGGGAAGCGGCCGGCUCGCACGAGCACCCGCAAGGUUACGUCCUGUCUUUCCUGCUACAGACGAAAGCAAAAGUGCAAUCGUAGAUUCCCGUGCAAUCACUGCACCCAACGAAGACGACCGGAACAAUGCAUCUAUCUUUACAGUCCCACUGCCAGCGAAUGUCCGAGCGAGAGGCAGUCCGAACCUUCCAAAUCGGCCGCAGACGAUGAUACGGCGCCGGCAUCUUUUACGGGUAUGGCGCCCGCUGGCAGCCUGGAUCAGCGGCCGAGUGCCGCCUCCAAUGGCAAUAUGCAAGCCAAUGUUGAUGCCGAUGUCGCGCCCGAAAGCAAUGGCCGUGAGCAGAGCCCGGGGGCAGGAGAUGGCACAGACGCAGCCAUGCGGCCCCCACGACUAAACACCGAUGCGAAUCGUUGCUUGGGGCUUUCAGAAAUUUUUGGAUACUCGGACGAGAGCGAUAGAAAUCUGCUUGGGCUCAUAUAUCAUGUGGGCGGCUUGGUGCAUUGCCCUCACCGCAGCGACCGUACGGUGACUCUCCCGCAGGACCAGCUCCGUGUCGUCAAGCGGGAGAUGGCCAAGAUGCCAGCACGACCAAUCCUUGAUUUCCUCCUGCAAUUCUUCCUCGCCGAGGUGAACUGGAUGACGCAGCUUAUCCAUGCACCCAGUUUCAUGCUCUACUACUACUCGUGGUGGGCCAAGCAAUCUCUCCAGUUACUCGACGAAGACAUCCAAGUCACCCACAUUGACUUUGCUGUGCUUAUCCUUCGCACCUGCGCCUUUACGGCCCAAUUCCUCCCGUCACCUACCUACACCGUGGAUUCCAUUCGGGGCAUCCCGCUGACUCAAGUCCGCGAGAUCUGCAACACCGUCGCCACCAACCUCAACGAGGUGGCCGAGGCGGUCAAUGAGCGAGGUUCUCUUUUCCGCGUCCAGCACCUCUGCUUUUAUGCCUUUAACCAGGCUUGUGAAGGCCGUCUGGGAAGCUCAUGGGCGUUGCUGUCCAGCUCGAUACGCGUUGCCCACGGACUCGGCUACCAUAGGCUCGCAGGCAGUGAGUCGCUGCUAGGCGAUCCGCUAGAGCGCGAAAUGAAGCGCCGAGUAUUUUGUAACUUAUACCACAGGCUUCUAUCUCGGCAGCUUGACCGCGUGUCCGCGUUUGGAGAUAGCUUCAAUAUGGACAACCUGCCCCGUAUGCACCUCACGCCCGAGGUCGACUCGGAGAGCGACGCCCCGGAAGCUUUUACAGAGAGAAUUCUGCAGGCCCGUCUGAUGGCCCUGUGGUCAUGCAUCAAGAAAUCGCAAGGCGAGGACGGCGCCCCGUACGACCCUACACAAGCGCAAGAGCUGCACGACUGGCUGCAAAAGGACUUUGUCGACACUCUCCCGCCCGCCUUUUCCCUCACCAACCCCGACUGCAAAUGGGACGAGCGGCUCCGACACCUACCCAAGCAGCGGCAGCUGAUACGCGCCACCGUUGGUGAGUCCAUCUGUCACCUAUUCCGGCCCCUCCUCCUCCUCGACGCUGCACACGUCCGCACCAUGCCCAUCUAUAAACAGGUGCUUCUAGACUCGCAAUCCAAUGCCUUGGCUCAUGCCGCAUUCAGCGUUCUCGAUGCUUCGACCAAGCUGCAUAAUCUGAUGGGCGCAAUGCACACGCGCCUACCCGCCGUAGUCAUCUACCCGUUUGAAGCCGCCGUCACCCUCGCCUUGAUCUGCAUCAAAGACCUUGUACCACGGGAAUCAGACAUCAGGGUAACCGGUCUCCGGUCGGACUUCAAAGCUCGAGCAAACAGCACGAGCACGGGCACGGCCUCCUCGAUGGAAGACGUGGUUGCCACCACGCAAGGAGGGGCGCCACAAAGCCAGCCCGUUUAUCGCGAGGCCUGCGUUACCGCCGUCGAGGAGACUCUUAGCUGCCUGCAGGCCCUGGCCGAUAUCAGCGUCUUAGCCGAAGGCGCUGCGCAGAGCCUAGCGCCACUGCUUUCGACGAUCCACGACAUGCCCAUGAAUGACGCUGUUGGCGGCAUUAGCACCGAUGGUGGUGCCUUGCUGCCCUCGCCACGGGUGUCGCUGGGGCAGUCACACCCUUUGUUUGCGCACAACUCAGACUUGAGUCUAUCUACCUGGCUGUCAGCGAGCUCUGGCUUGCACACCGUUAGCAUGGCCGAAACCACGACCGAUACACUGAGUGAUGACUGGGUUUCGUUUGGGCUGUCCUCACUAAACGAUCCCUGGAACACGGUGGUACAAAACGGGUUAUUAGGUGAUUGGAACAAAAAAUAG